AUGUCCCAAUCUCUUGUUGAUUUAUUUAAUACUUCCGUUCAAGAGGCAGUACAAGCUACUAUUCAACAAAAUAAACCCUUAUUUGUAUUCUUGGCACAGGGAGAAGCAGAUGAAGCAGAUGGGAUCAGCAAAGAAUUCCUUCACAAGUUUGUUGAUGAUGAUGACAAUAUAAUAAGCUUAUUAGGUCAACAAUUUGUAUUAUUGAAGUUAUUAAAAGGUAGCACUGAAUAUAUGUUCUUUAAUCAAAUAUUCAAGGAUUUAAUUGUACCUAGUUUCUAUAUUGUUCAACAAGGUAAGGUUCUUGCCAUUAUAAAUGAUUCUAAUAGUAAGGAUCAUUUUUUGGAGAUUAUUACUAGUUUAGCUGCAUCCGAGGCUGCCGAUAGCACUUCCAGUCAACAACACCUACCACAACCACCACAAUCAGCACCACAACAACAACCAGAAUCAACUUCAAGAACUGAGUCACCUCUGGCACAACAAUCCCACCCAGUGACAAGCAGGGCAGAGGCAAGCUCAAUGGAGACUAAACCAACCAGUUCACACGAACGAGACGUGCAGAAGCACAAAGAACAAGUUGCCAGGCUAAGAAAGGAACAACGAGAAGAAAGAAAUCGGUUACGAGCAUUGUUGGACGCUGACAGGAAAGAGCUUCUUCUUAGAAGUCAAGAACAACAACGAUUACUUCACAGCAACGAUGACUCAGAACAAGAACAACUACUUCCAAAGACAAAACAAGUCUCUGAAGAAGGUAUAUGUGUAUUAUCCAUCAAACUCUUUGAUGGAAGUUCAAUAAAACAAGAAUUCAACGCCACGGAUAAAUUGUCAGACGUGAGAACUUGGUUAGAUGAAGAAAUCCAAAUCAUUCCUUCCGAUUCAAGCAUGCCAUCCUUUGCCAGAAAUUCCCAUCAUCCUUCAAAUUAUGCAUUUCAUAGACCUAUGCUUCCAAGAAUCACAUUUACAAAAGAACAGGAAUUAAGUUCAUUAGAAGAACUUGAAUUGACACCGAGAUCAGCCUUGAUUUUAAAACCUAUCUAUUACGAAUCUGAUGACGAUGGAGCAUCAGAAGCUGGAGUCGAAAAGCCAGGUAUUUUCGGUCGAGUCUUUGGAGCAGUGGGAAAACUUGGUGGAAUCCUAUAUUCAUUCUUUGAUUAUGGAGUUGAUAGCACUGAGUAUCAUCCACUUAACAAUCCAGCAUCGGAUGCUUCCAGCCGCGUUGAGAAUGACGAUGAGCCAAUUAAUCUCCCCAUUGCAGAUACUCGACCACUUUUGUCAUUGGAUAAUAGGUCCUCAUCUUUACUUAAUAUAGAACAUCCGGUUCCUAAUGAGUUUUCGAGAUCAGAUUCCCCAUUAAUUGCCGAUCCUAACAUUUCAUCAGCAUUCAAUAGCCGUUCAUCUACUCCUAGACCUAGUUCUAGAAUGAGAAUUCAAACUUUACACGAUGCUGAUGGGAUUGAUACGUAUAAUGGAAACAGUGUGAAUUUAAAUGAAAGACCAGACAAAGAUGAGAAGUAG